AUGACUGUAUUGCUUUGUGGAAAUCACUUGAGUAAAUGUCUUAAUUUGAAGAACCUCCAGGCCAAGCAUAUGCGGGGGAACAAUUAUAACUGCAUUCCUAUAACACCCAGAUCGAGAUUAGAGAGGCUACUGAGGGAGAGAGAGCUAAGAAAGUCAAACAAGUAUUUUGAGGAGACAAGAGAUGGCAACAAAGAAGCGGAACAAGUUUAUAGUGACUCGUUAACAGAGAGCGACAGUUUUAAUUCUCUCAAUGAGGAAGACAUUUCUGAAGCACUUGCUGUUGCGAAAGUAUUUCCAGAUAGAAGUCAAAGGCCGGAGGAGCGGCCACGCAAACAAAGGUUGUUGGUGGUAGCUAAUAGGUUGCCCGUCUCAGCUGUUAGGGAGGGUGAGGACUCAUUCCACCUUGAGAUCAGUGUUGGCGGCCUAGUCAGUGCACUUUUAGCUUUUAUUGCCUUUGUUGAUGAUCUCAUACAGGUCAUAACAAUGAGAUGCAUUCCAGUUUUUCUUGAUGAGCAGAUUGUGAAUCAAUACUAUAACGGUUACUGCAACAACAUCUUAUGGCCUCUUUUUCAUUAUCUUGGGCUUCCACAAGAAGACAGACUUGCUACCACUCGCAGCUUCCAAUCUCAAUUUGAUGCAUAUAAGAAGGCAAACCAGAUGUUUGCUGAUGUAGUAAAUAGGUACUAUAAGGAAGGAGAUGUUGUUUGGUGCCAUGAUUACCAUCUAAUGUUCCUUCCAAAAUGUUUAAAAGAAUACAAUGACAAAAUGAAAGUUGGCUGGUUUCUUCAUACUCCCUUUCCUUCCUCGGAAAUUCAUAGGACUCUGCCAUCAAGGACAGAGCUAUUGAGAUCUGUACUUGCUGCUGACUUGGUGGGAUUCCAUACUUAUGAUUAUGCCAGACAUUUUGUAAGUGCUUGUACUCGCAUUCUUGGGCUUGAAGGGACACCUGAAGGAGUAGAAGAUCAAGGGAAGCUAACUCGUGUGGCUGCGUUUCCUAUUGGGAUUGAUUCUGAUCGGUUUAUUCGAGCCCUUGAACUCCCUGAAGUCCAGGAGCACAUGAAAGAACUGAAAGAAAGAUUUGCAGGCAGAAAGGUAAUGUUGGGCGUUGAUCGUCUUGAUAUGAUAAAAGGAAUUCCGCAAAAGAUAUUGGCAUUUGAAAAGUUCCUUGAGGAGAACCCACGCUGGCGUGAUAAAGUUGUCUUGUUGCAAAUUGCUGUACCAACUAGGACAAAUGUUCCUGAUUAUCAAAAGCUUACAAGUCAGGUGCAUGAGAUUGUUGGCCGCAUCAAUGGAAGAUUUGGAACCCUUACGGCUGUUCCAAUACACCAUCUGGAUCGAUCACUUGACUUCUAUGCAUUAUGUGCACUUUAUGCUGUUACUGAUGUAGCACUUGUUACAUCUCUAAGGGAUGGAAUGAAUCUUGUCAGCUAUGAAUUCGUUGCAUGUCAAGCUUCCAAGAAAGGGGUUCUCAUUUUAAGUGAGUUUGCAGGUGCUGCACAGUCUCUUGGUGCUGGUGCUAUCUUGGUAAAUCCAUGGAAUGUCACAGAGGUUGCUGCUUCUAUUGGUUAUGCACUGGAUAUGCCAGCCGAUGAAAGAGAAAAACGGCAUCUAGUUAACUUCAAGCACGUGACAACUCACACUUCACAAGAAUGGGCAGCAACUUUUGUGAGUGAACUGAAUGAUACGAUUGUCGAAGCGCAGCUUAGGACAAGACAAGUUCCACCAUUACUUCCCAAGGAAGUGGCAGUUGAUUGUUACUCAAAAUCUAAUAACCGAUUAAUUAUACUGGGUUUCAAUGCCACUUUGACAGAACCAGUGGAUGCCCUUGGAAGGGGUGGUCAAAUUAGAGAAAUGGAACUUAAAUUGCACCCAAAUAUAAAGAAGCCUUUAAAGAAGUUGUCUGAUGAUCCAAAGACAACAAUUGUUGUUCUGAGUGGGAGUGAUCGAACUGUCCUGGACAAAAAUUUCAGGGAAUACAAUAUGUGGUUAGCAGCAGAAAAUGGGAUGUUUCUACGGCAUACUUCAGGUGAAUGGAUGACAACCAUGCCUGAAAAUUUACAUAUGGAUUGGGUUGAUAGCGUAAAGCAUGUUUUUGAGUAUUUUACCGAAAGAACUCCGCGGUCUCAUUUUGAGCUUCGUGAGACUUCAGUUGUAUGGAAUUACAAGUAUGCAGAUAUUGAGUUUGGAAGGCUUCAAGCAAGAGAUCUGCUUCAGCAUCUUUGGACAGGACCGAUAUCCAAUGCAUCUCUUGACGUUGUCCAAGGUGGUCGAUCUGUUGAGGUCAGGGCAAUUGGUGUCUCAAAGGGAGCAGCUAUUGAUCGCAUCUUAGGAGAGAUCGUUCAUGACAAAGGAAUGAAGGCUCCAAUUGAUUAUGUCUUAUGCAUCGGGCACUUUCUAGCAAAGGAUGAAGAUGUCUAUAAAUUUUUUGAACCUGAGCUUCCUUGUGAAUCAUCACCAUUAGCACGAGCUAUGCCUUCCAAUUCUUUAAGGUCAUCACCUCUGCCAAAAUUUCCAGUCAGCAAAAAUGGGUCCAAGGCAGCUCGCUAUAAGAAGCAACGUUCAAUGUCAACCAUAGAAAAGUUAGAAAUCGAUCAUGCAAGGGGCGAUCCAUGGAUACCAACUUAUCAUGAUAGAACAUCACUACAUGAGGGCUCUUCAGUGCUCGAUCUUCAAGGCGAUAAUUACUUCUCUUGUGCUGUUGCACGCAAGAGAUCAAGUGCACGCUACUUACUCAAAACCUCAGAUGAUGUUGUCAAUCUCUUAAGUAACAUGGCAGAUCAUUCAUCAACACGAUCAACUUAACUGAUACCCUUCUCUCACCUUUAACUAUUUGUAGGCCAGAAAGUUUUGGAAGCUCUUGUCUUGAUAUUAUGUUUUUCAGGUGAUUGCCAUACUACCAUAAUUGUCUGCUAAUACCUACUGAUGUAUCAGUUAAGUCUUCAAUCUCUUCAUCUCUUGUAACCUGAACUGUUUACCCAAUUGAAAGGAGGCAAGGGACCAAUAAAUUUAAAUCUAAGUACAGCAUUCUACAAAUUGUAGAUGACAGUCAGAUUUACGAUGGGCAAUUGUACGUGAAUAGUGAACUUAAUAAGAUCAAGAGUAUGACUAUG